AGAGAGAGAGAGAGCGAGAGAAGGCAGAGGAGACGCUUUUUCGUAGCUUGCGAUUUAUUUUACAUUUAUUUGCGCUCUUGUUCAAUAUUAUUUAAUUUCCUUGUCAGUCACGUGCACCGUCUCCUUGAUGACACACACACGCCCUGAAUGCAGUUCGGGACAAACGAAAGAGAAAGCACACGGAGGGGCUGUGCGGGAGACGGAGGCGCUGCGUGUUCGUGUCAGCCAACAGAAAGGUGGACCAACACACGGGGAAAUGACUUGAAAGUGGGAAUCUUAAAACCGAAGCUGGCAGUGAAGCAGCUGACUCUCACAGCCAUUUAAAAGGAAGACAAUGGCUCUCUGGGCAAAUGGUCGAAAGUUUAUCUACAAGAUUGUGUCCUCUCCAGCCAAAACGUACCAUGGCCUGGUGAACCAGGGGUCCACAUGUUACCUGAACAGUGUGCUGCAGGUGCUGUUCAUGACCGAAGACUUCAGAGAAGCUGUGAAAAGGCACACCUGUGAUCAUUCUGGCCCUACGCAUAUUGAUCUCCACCUUACAUCCUUGUUUGAAGACUUGAAAGCAUAUGAUGGAUACACCUUUAAAAUCACGAGGAAGCUGUGCAUCGAUAACGUGUAUGAACAACGUGAUGCCGCCGAGUUCUUUGAGAAGAUUCUAGGUCUGACCAGCCGUGAGGCGUCACAGAUCUUCCACGGAGAGCAGACACAAAAGACCAUUUGUUCUAUGUGUUCUACUGAGACCGGCAGCGACGGGCCCUUUUGGAAUCUUACUCUUGCGUUGGUGAAUUCCUACUGCGGAGACUACAGCGUGGUGGCCGGCAUUGAGGAUUAUUUCAGAGAUUCAUAUUUCAGCGGAGAAAACCAGAUGUACUGCGACGUAUGUCAGGCCAAAUCUGACGCUACCAUUAAAUGGGAAAUAAAGGUAUCAUCCAGAGGUUUUGAUGCUGCUGCUGAGAGGUUUGAGUUUGACUACCGAUACAUGGCGUAUGUCAAAACCAACUGCUUUGUGAAAGUUCCCUGCACCCUUCAGAUACCAGAGAAUCAGACAUAUGAACUGUACGCGGUCGUGGAUCAUUUUGGAGAUCUUAGGUUUGGACAUUACACUGCAACAAUCAAACCUCAGGACAGCGAGAGCUGGUAUUACUUCAACGAUGAAAGGGUCACAUUGCUUGAUUACCUGCCAUUCCAGGUGGAUAACUUCAUAAGAUCCAGCAGCGCUUAUCUUCUUUUUUACAGGAAAAAGAAAGUGUAUGCUGCUGAUACAUGUACUCAGGACCCCGGAGAGAUGUUUUCUCCUGCAUGCUUCAGGCCCCACAACCAGAGAUAUUGACAAUGUCCAGUUUGAAAGGAUGAGUGGGCAGCGAAGGCAGAGGUUGGGUCCAGUGGAGUGGGGCUAUCAUUCUGACCUCUACAAAGAGGAUCGGGACAAUAGAGUUUAUUCCAGCCAGAGCAAUCACCAGGACUGUGAAAAGGACAGAACGACUUGAGCUAUGAGGCAGAAAAACUAAGAGAUAAGGAUAAAUAAUGGCGGAUGAUGAGGAAGACAACAGAGGAAAUGAGACAGCGAGGAGAGGAAGUUUAUCUGAGAAACUCAACGAGAAGAGAGUGUUGAUGAUCCAAAUAAUGACAGUAUCAGAACAGAGGAUGCACCACAGGAGAGUCUGGGGGGUGAAGACAUGCACAACACAAUGCAAAAACAGGAGGUCAGCAACAUGCAACCUCAGCAGGUUUGUGUUGACAUGCAGAAAGACGAGGAAAAAAUGGCAAUGGAUGUAAAUAGAGACAAGAGUGUAAGGAGAGGAAUAGCUUCUACAAAAUACCUAGAGGAAGAGCAUCGGGACGAUGAAGAUAAUGUCAGACAGAACAUGCAUGAAGACGGUGCACAGAAAGUUAGUCAAGAUGACUUCCAACCUGUUAGUGAGGACAGACAGGAUGAUGGAGAGGGGAUGAAAACAGAUGACGAGGAAAGGAAAGCAGGGAGAAGAAAGCUCUUGACAAUACAGGACCUCUACAAUCCUGGCGGUGAGAGUAAACAGAACAUGCCUAGAGAUGAUCAGAGGGUUAAACGCAAAAUCGAAAGCAGGUUUUAUCAAAGCCGCGAGCAACCGAGAGAGGAGGAGAGGGAUGUGAAGGGAGACAAGCAAGCAAAGAGAGGGGAUGAUGAGCACGCACCGAGGACAGGAGCUUCAGGGAGACAAGAACAGGGUGCAGAGAAACGGGCCAUAGGAGGUAAUGGACAUAUUCAAAGAAGAGCAGACUCUUCUCUUAGACCAGCAGGGUGUGCAGGAAGCAGCAGAGGGACAGAGAACAGGGGAGACGGCAGCGUUGAAGCAAGAACUGGACUUAAUGAGGAUACAAUGGAAGGAAGGUCCAAGCAGUUGAAAACAUACCACGUGAAGAUAAUUGAGGAAGAAACCCAUAGUGGUGUUCAAAAAAGCACUGUGACAAAAAACAUGAGAAUAAAAACUGUAGAAGGAGGCUCUCGAGGCCGCCUUAAGAGUUUGGUAGAAUAUGAUGAUGGAAAUGCUGAAAUCAAACUCUGAUCCAAAAAACAGACCCGAGGGUCACUUUGUCAGAGGGUUUUAGCAAUUUAAAAUCUGAAUGGCUCCCCUCUGCCAAGCCAACAGGAACGCGGAAAAGAGAUAAAUGUGUCUGAUGCUUAUGGGGAAAAACAUGCAGCGAAAGAAAGAGGUGAGAAGAAAAGACACUUGUGGCGUCGCUCUUCCCCUCUGAAGCAAAGCGGAAAGGAAAAAAAGAAACCGCAAAAAGACGACAUGUUUUUAUUGUUCGAGGAAAAGCCGUAAAACUGGACACCAGACUUCAGAGUGAAUGUUUCUUUGAUUGAUGCUUAUAACAAUCAUUAAACAAUCAGGCACUACACGCAGUAUUGGACUGAUGUGUAUUUUUUUUGUUUGAGUGGUAUCAAUCUUUGGUUUGUCUGGUUUAAGUCUAUUUAACAAUUUCUGUGUAAAAUAAAGUGCUACAGAUUUAUUGCAUCAGUCUAAUAAAAAGUAAUGCUUUGGAAACUUAAAACCUAUUUAAAUUCAAGAAAAAAAUAAAUAACUCAUGCUUAAAUGAUCUGAAAUCAGAUUCAUGGAUUGAAUGAUUAAACCUUUUCGUUUGUUGCUAUGCUGUUGAGCUUUUACAUUUUAUUUUGAAAAUCUUCCUGUUUAAGUUGUUGUGAGGUAUAUAAAUAUAUGGCAUUGAAUGCAACAUCUAAUUUGAUCUCAGAUGAGAUUGCAUGAGGAAGUGAAAAGUAAAUGUAAGUAUUUGUAUAGAUAUUUAAUUUGGGUUAUUUUAUUUAAGUGUUUCCUUACUGUUAAGUACUAUUUUAAAUUAAUUUAAAACUAUUGCUGCACUUUCCACUGACUAAUGUCAUCGAUGCUUUAGAUUUGAUGUUUAUCACUUUUAAUCAAACUAUUGUAGUAAUUUGUGUUAUUUGUUGGUUUCUGAUGGUGAUUUAAAGAAAAAUAUAUGUAAAAUAAAAAAGAACAUUAAACACAUGCUUGAACACA